CACUAAUAUGACAGGGUUUUGCAGUCAGAGAGUUUUGUAUCACUAUCUGCUAACCUUAAAUUAAUACGGUAAAAUGGUUGUAUUAAUACACAAGUCAACCGAUAUAGUUCCUUGCCGACAACCAGCCUUAUCCCACAUCUUAGCAGACGUCAUCAUUUCUGAUGUUAUGCAAUUGCGACCCAAGCAGUUCCAAAAAUAUAACCUUUUUUUAAUUAACUCUACUUAUAUACAGAUUAUGGGCUCUAACCGAAAUUCAUAAUUAAGCGGGCAGCAUGAAAUGAAUGACGUCUUUGAUGACGUAAUACUGGGCGUAAAGUAGGUAGUGGGGACGUCCUCAAUUUUCACACGUUUCGCCUAUACCCACCAAUAGAAUUAUUAAUUAAUUUUAAACCAAAAUUGGAAAACAAAUCCCCCAAAAAAAAAAAGAUUAAAUUAAUAGUCAACAAACACACAGCCGUCGCCCGCCCGGAGAAUUAGCAAGAGCAAGUCGCCGUCCCCGCUUUCCCACGCAGCUUCCGCCGUUCAUUUCUGCCCUCUAUAAAUUCCCCGCCAAGUUCCCUCCCUUCUUUCAUAUCUAUCUUUCAACGCUCUCUCUUAAACCCUCUGUAAAUUACUUCAUCCAUUUUUUUUCAUCGGUUUCUUAAUUAGCAGCCACCUGCAUUUUGCGCCUGAUCGAUCAUCAGCAGCGGCGAACUUCUAUUACCGUAAUGGCGACUAUAGGCAUGGGAGGGUUGGCGGAAGCUUACGUCGCUGGAAAGAUUUACAAGGAGAAGAUUGAUCGCCAAAAAGCGGCUGCUGCUGGCGGUAGGCCAGAGGACGCCGCCGCCGUCGGCGGGGAGUCUGCUGCUGGCUGCUUCUCCUUCUGGAGCUCAAAGAGCUAUUCCGCGGCCCGUUCUGGUCCCGGUGCUAGAGUUUGCGAUGAAACCGUGUGUAUCAGGUGAUCACGGCAGAUCCCGGCCUGUGUUCUGCAGAAAAUUGCUUUGAGGCACAAAACCUUUUUUUUUUUUUUUUGUUCUGACAACUUGUGUUGUUAUUAUACUGUAGGGUAUGCAUUCUUUUAUUGGAAAGAAGCACAAUUUUUUAUUCUUUCUUUUACUUUUUCUGUUGUCUCUAUGGUAUGUUUAUAACAUAUGAAAUUGCUGGGAUUGAAUUGAAAUAUUGAAUCGUGAAAUCGUAUUGUAUUUCUAAAGUUAUGUUGAUUGAAACACGAUUAAACUAUAAUUUUAACA